CUGACAGGUUACAGGUCCUUCAGUGAUACGGCUGUAAAUCUUUGUGUCACCAAGAGAAUAUAUAUACCAUGAGGUGGCAUGCUCCUCAGAAGGCCAGCGGUUCCUACUCUUGUUCUUCUAACUCACACAACAUGACGACGAAGCAAGACCUAGAAGCUAUCGAGAACCAGAUAUCUACCAUCCAAGUCAGUUCCCAUGGAGAGACGGUUAACCCAGGACUCGCCCACGGCGGUUUAAAAGCGGUGGAGAAGGGACGCAACUGGGGGUGGCUUCUGUCUGGAUUCAUCUCCUUAAACAUCCUGCUCCUCGGAAUCCCCAUUGUCUGUGGAAGCGUCUUCAACAAGAUCCAGAUCACCUCGUCUCACCUUCUGAUUUUCCUCAUCUUGCUUGUCAUUCUCACCACCGUAUGGUUGGUUUACUACAAAAUCCAUACUUCGAGGGUGUACCGAGCAGUGCUUUACAAAGACAGUCAUGCUGGACCAGUUUGGCUGAGAGGUGGACUGGUUCUGUUUGGCGUCUGCAGUGUAAUCAUGGACAUUUUCAAGAUUAUUUAUUACGUGGGUCGUAUACACUGCGAGUCGCCUGUGAAAAUCGCCUUCCCUGUUGUACAAGCUCUGUUUGUUAUCGUACAGACAUACGUCCUCUGGGUUCAUGCAAAAGACUGUGUGCAGAUACAGCAAAUCGUCACACGUUGUGGUUUGAUGUUGACGUUGUCUACGAACCUUAUAGUGUGGAUGACGGCGGUAACAGAAGAGUCGCUCCAUCAAACAGUGGCUCCAGCUAACCCUUCAUACAACAGCUCCUCAAGUGGUGGUUACAAAAUUGAUGUCACAUCACAAGAUCGCGCUGGAGCGAGUGAUUGCAAGUGUAGCCAUGACAUGUGCGAUGUUUUUGAGAAGGCCUACUACUAUCUGUACCCCUUCAACAUCGAGUAUAGCCUCUUCGCAUCAGCUAUGGCCUACGUCAUGUGGAAAAACGUUGGCCGCCAGAUGGAUGAACACCAUAGCCACAAUCUGCACUUUAGCCUCUGGGACGUUCUGGUCGGACCAGUUUUUGGCCUGAUCAUUCUGGUGGCGGGCCUGGCUACGUUUGUGGUUUACGAAGUGGACGUGGCCAAAGAAGACCCAAAAAAGAAGGAGGAAGCUCUGAUAAUGCAUUACAUCAUGAACAUAGUAGCCAUCCUUCUGAUGUCCAUCACGACUCUGAUCGGCUGUAUAAUCUUCCGGAUGGAUAAAAGAGAGCAGGUGUCCGGGAAGAACCCUACCAGGAGUCUGGAUGUAGGGCUGCUUGUGGGAGCAUCUUUGGGCCAGUUCCUCAUCUGUUACUUUACUAUAGUAGCAGUUCUGGCAUCAGGGGUCAAGGGGCACGUAAACGGACUCAACCUGACCAAUUCUAUUCUGACUGUGAUCCAGCUGUGCCUGCAGAACGCCUUCCUCAUCAAAGGCCUCCAUCGAGAGCCGUUCAGAGAGACUGAGACUACCACCGUGUUCGCCAAUGUCGUGGCCGUACGAGAGAGAGACCCCGAAAGACGGAGCAGCUCCAUCGUCCCGGCUCACACGCUACCCAUCCCGUUGACGUUGCUCCAGGGUCAGCUCUCCUGGCAGAGGAGGAUCCUUAAGGAGAUCUGUGGUUUCCUGUUAUUCUGCAAUGUCAUUCUUUGGAUUAUGCCUGCCUUCGGAGCCCGGCCUCAGUUUGACAACUCCGUCGGAUCAGACAUUUUUGAAUUCGAAACGUGGGCGGCGGUAGUGAACAUCGGAAUGCCUUUCGGUAUCUUCUACCGCAUGCACUCAGUGGCUAGCCUGUUUGAGGUGGGACUCGCCUCUUAAACGACUGCUCAGGAACUGUACGAGCUUAUGCACAUAUCUUUGUAAACUAUAUAUACAUAUAUAUAUAUAUAUAUACAUAUAUAUAUUUUUAUAUUAUAUUUUUGUUUAGCUGAAAGAGAAAUUGUAUUAUUUUUUACUACAUUUUUAGUGUAUAAUACAACAAUGUGUACAUGUGAGUGUGUGUGUGUGUGGAGAUAUAGACCAUGUUAAACUGAAAUCCGUUUGAAUAUGUGAAUGAUGACAGAAUAUCAUCUGAAAUAUGGCCUAAUCCUGUUACAGGCAUUCGACUGUUAGCAACGCAGUAAAACCCUCUGGAAGUAUUACCAGAGAGCACCUGUGAAUUCCCGAUAUCUGUUUAUUCUGUUCACUGUGUACCGAGAUUAAAAUGAGCAAACUGUA